AUGUUGCUUUCCACAAAUCAGAUGUCAUAUGUACAUAGUUUAGAUAAGAACCGACCAGCUAUUACAAUCUCAGAUAGUACAUUAGAAUAUGUAAAUGUAAGUAAGCUUCUUGGUGUCCAUUUCCACCAGCAUCGUAAUUGGGAUGAGCAAGCAACGUGCAAGAACUGUUACGGAACAAUACAAAUAAUAAGAAAACUUAAGAGCUUUGCUGGUUAUAGACUCAGAAAGCACUUAGUGGAGUCACUGGUGCUGUCAAAACUUGACUAUUGUGACACUGUCUAUUACCCUUUGCCGGAAUUUCAACUAAAACGUUUACAACGUGUCCAGCUAGUAGCUGCUAGUUUUGUCCUGAAUAGGUAUGUAAAUGACAUUAACGAUAUUGUUAAGAUAGGGUGGUUACCAGUAAGACAGCGAAGAGAUUUCCACGUUCUCAAACUCGUUCACCAAGCUUUGUACUCCCCCAGCUGGCCGUCUUAC